UAAUCCUCACGUUUUGUGGAAAGUAGGUUGUAAAGUAAUCAUGAAAACACCUAUACUUUAUAUUCUUAGUGUUUUCGCUUUAUUAACAAUAAUCAACGCGAAGCCCAAGCCAUGCGGAACUGGUGCACUGGGCUUAUCGUGGUGCGGAGAAAAAUGGGAGAAUAUUUUUGAUGGUUACGAUGGUGACGACUAUGAUGAUGGAGAUAAAAAACCUAGUCAUUUUAAAAAUACUAAUAGCAAUCAAGGUGGUAAAAAGGAAGAUGAACCUAAAUCUGAGGUGACCGAAAAGAACAAACCGAUGAUCUGCAAUGGAUGUACGCUCUAUAAUAUCGGAAACGGAAAUAGUACCUCAAAUAAGGUCCACAUUCAUGAAACAUAUAAUAAAAAUAGAGGGCCACCUCGACGACAGCCAAGAAGAUAUAAUAAUUAUCAUGUUUAUUCACAAUACAAUAAUUAUUAUUAA